CGGCCUGGAAAACGUAUGGUCGUGCUUGUGGUCACGCUAAGCAGCAUGAAUGAUAGUAGAGAAAAAAUGAGCUCGUCAUCGUCACUCUCGACCGCAACAUCAGUCCACACACCCAGGCGGGACUAGUUAGUCGGAAGCCAAAGGCGGGGGGCCUUUCGUGAAUUUGUAUGUUGUAUCCUCGUGAUGAAGUCAGGUGUCGUGAUAAGAAUGCGUAUUGUUAUGCUGCAUUCACGUCUCUCAUCCACACUGCACGGCCGCGUAUUCUCGCUGCCAUCUGCAGCAUCGUUCGGCACAAUUGUAUCCGCUCACCGGUCUCUCGGUUUCCAUCAUCCUCAGCCUCAUCCCAAUAUCAUCAUCGCAUCAUAGCACGUACGAUGUGUCCACAAUCUUACCAUCGCAUCCCGUGUGUGCAAUCGGCAAAUUCUCUCCCUUCGUGCAUUGAUUGCAAAUAUGGAGCCCGCCCCGGGCCCCGUCCACGGGGCCCGGCCGCACGAGUGCAGACUAAAUCCUCUCACAAGAGUGACGACAGUGACGACAAACGCCUGCGACAUGCGACAUUCCAGAUCCUGGUAGCCGUACGUAUAAGCUAUGCGAGGCCCCCGGCGCAUGCUAUAUGAUCGUGAGUCCAUGUACGAGUAGAGUACAGUACAUUGACAAGUAUGCAAGCGAUGUGGCGAUCCAUGCAAACAGAAUGCAGGCGACAUAAUCACGUGCAAUUGUUGCACACUGGUACGACGACUUCACCAAGUUGCACCGAGCUGCAAUGAGAAAUUUGUAUACUAUUCCUGAUGUAUCCAGUACAGUCUCACAUACGAGCGAAUCCAUCUCCC